AUUCACAAGGACAUUGCACUAUGUGAUAUGCCCUCGAACCACAAUAGAAUGGUCUCCAUCGACAUGUCCUACAACCAGUUUUCUUUGGACACAUACGUCCUUCAACUUGAUCCUCUUCCCCACUUUUUUCAUUUCCCCCCUCCAAAUUACCCUUUUCUUGCAGCUUUCCUCCACCGUCCCCCACAACUCCGUCACCAUAUCGCCGGCGAUCUCCCUUCUUUCUCAAUUCCAUCUUCAAGAUCAACAACUCCUUAAGACUAAACCCUUUUCCUUGUUUUUCUCCAUACGAACUAAAAAGAUAUCAACUCCAAGUAGUAGUUGUUGAUGCCUUGAUGAGAUGAAAGCUCUGUCCUUUUCUGAUUUCAGGUAAAUUCGUACUUUUGAAGGGGUUUCCUAGCUGGGUUUUUUUUUUAAUUGUGGCAUGUGGGUUGUCGUUUGGCUUCUUGGAUGUGUUGAUGUACUGUUUACGUGAUAUUUAGGUAGGUACGAAAUGAUCCUAACCAAGAGGAUUUCGUUUCUUCGUAAUAAUCUAACAAAAGUUGCUCUGUUAGGAUUCUUAGUUGAUAAGUGCAGUUCAGGAUUUGUUUGAAGGAAAUUGAGAAUCUUUUCUUGUGUUUGGUUGGAAUUUCCCCCAAAAAAAAGAUUCCUUCUUUAUUUUACGAUCAAUUAAGCAGAUCCAAAAUCCGCUUCCAUGAAGUUGAUCUUAAGAUCGUGAAAUCCCCCCCCAAAAAAAAGAAGCCAUCUAUUUGGUUAGUUGUGAGCUGUGAGUUUUGAUCAAUGGAGGCUAGAUUUGGGGGAAAUCCUCAUCAUUACUAUGGUCCUGUGGUUCCGGAAUUGGAGGGUGUCGGAAAGAGAAGUAUGGAAUGGGAUUUAAACGACUGGAAAUGGGAUGGCGAUCUGUUCACUGCCACCCCAUUAAACACAAUUCCAUCCGAUUGCAGAAGCAGACAACUAUUUCCUGUUACAUCAGGUGGCUCUUCAUCUUGCUCAGAUGAAGGAAAAAGGGAGUUGGAAAAAAGGAGAAGAGUUGUGAUUCUUGAUGAUGAUGAUGAAGUUGGAGGUCUUAACUUAAAUCUUGGAGGCCAAGUGUACCCUAUAACAGAGGACGAUCUGGAAAGAUGGGAAGGGAAGAGUGGCAAAAAGACUAAAGUAGCCCCGGCUUCAUCGAAUCGUGCAGUUUGUCAGGUGGAUGAUUGUCAAACCGAUUUGACGGGUGCAAAAGAUUAUCAUAGAAGACAUAAAGUUUGUAAUUUGCACUCCAAGGCCACCAAAGCAUUGGUUGCAAAUGUGUUGCAAAGAUUUUGUCAGCAGUGCAGCAGGUUUCAUGCACUUGAGGAGUUUGAUGAAGGAAAGAGAAGUUGUCGCAGGCGAUUAGCAGGACAUAACAGGCGAAGAAGAAAGACACAUCCAGAAAACACAGUUAGUGGAGUGUCACUAAAUGAUGAAAGAAGUUGUAGUUAUCUGCUUGUUAGUCUCUUGAGGAUACUCUCUAAUCUACAAUUUGAAAAUUUUGCAGCUAAUACAUCGGAGCAAAACAAAGAUCAAGAUUUGCUGAGUCAUCUAUUGAAAAACAUCGCCAGUCUUGCUGGUAAUGUGAACGAGAAAAACUCAUCUGGAAUGGAUGCUGGAACAUCUUUUGCAACGACCCCUGAAAAGCCUGUCAGACAAAUUGAAAGUGUGAAUCCUUCAAUGGCUUGCCAGAUCACAUAUCCUUCAAACAACAAAGCUCAAGCUCAAGCUCCCAUUGAAGUUGAAGCUAAUAAUAAUAAUAAUAAUAAUAAUGGGAUGGAGGGUAGAGUUGGAAAGAUGAAAUUGAACAACAUUGAUUUGAACAUGGUUUAUGAUGAAUCUCAAGAUGGUAUGGAGACAGCUGAAAACAUAGACAAAAAUAUGCCUUUGUGGUUACGUGGACACCCUCACAAAUCAAGUCCUCCACAGACAAGUGGCAACUCUGCUUCAACAGCAACACAGUCACCAUCUAGUUCCAGUGGGGAACCACAGAGUCGUACAGACCGAAUCGUAUUCAAGCUAUUUGGGAAAGAUCCUAAUGAGUUGCCUCUUGUUCUCAGGAACCAAGUACUCUUCUUUCCCUUUUGUAGACUUUGGGUUUUGGUUAUUUUUAGAUCAGAUACACUAAUUUUGUGUAAAUUUCAGAUUCUUGACUGGUUGUUACACAGUCCUACUGAUAUUGAAGGUUACAUUCGGCCUGGAUGUAUCAUAUUAUCAGUUUAUCUUCGAAUGGACAAUUCCUCUUGGGAUGAGCUUUGCUAUGAUUUGAGCACCCAUUUGAGGAAGCUUUUGGAUGCAUCAAAUAAUUCUUUCUGGAGAACGGGAUGGGUUUAUACUAGGGUUCUUGAUCAUGUUGCCUUUUCUUGCAAUGGUCAGAUUGUUUUAAACACAGCUUUGCCAAAUAAACGCCAUAGAAACUCCAGCAUAUUGAGCAUCACACCCAUAGCAGUUUCUGCAUCUGCCAACACUCAAUUCUCUGUUAAAGGCUUCAACAUAUCAUGGUCAACCUCAAGGAUGCUAUGUGUGCUAGAAGGGAGUUACCUUGUUCAGACAAGCUGUUCAGACUUGUUAGAUACAACAGAUUCGUUGAUGAAGCAUGAAGACAUCCAGUCCCUUAGCUUCUGUUGCUCUGUACCUAAUAUUUCUGGGAGAGGAUUCAUAGAGAUUGAAGAUGAUAGCCUCAGCAGCAGUUUCUUUCCAUUCAUAGUUGCAGAAGAAGAUGUUUGUUCAGAAAUCUGUACACUGGAGAGUGAUAUAGAAGACAUGGGUGAAGAGAAGACAAGAAGAGGGGCAUUGGAGUUUGUAAAUGAGAUGGGGUGGCUUCUUCAUAGAAGUCAGUUAAAGCUGAGAAUGGGUGAUGGUUUCUCAUUUAAAAGAUUCAGGUGGCUGAUAGAGUUUUCAGUGGACCAUGAUUGGUGUGCUGUGGUCAACAAACUGUUGACCAUCAUCUUGGGUGGGGAAGUGGUGGUGGCUCAUGAUGGCUCGGUUGAAGCUGCUUUAAUGGAAGUUGGGUUGCUCCACCGAGCCGUGAGGCGAAACUCCAACCGCAUGGUUCAGCUGCUCUUGAAUCACCACCAACAAAAUUUGUUUAAAGCAGAUGCUGUGGGGCCCGGUGGAUUGACUCCUCUUCAUAUUGCAUCUGGUAAAGAUGGUUCAGAGAGUGUUUUAGAUGCAUUAACAGAUGAUCCUCAAAUGGUGGGACUGAAAGCAUGGAGGAACUCUAGGGAUAGUAGUGGCUUGACACCUUAUGAUUAUGCAUCAAUGAGAGGCCAUUAUAAUUACAUUCAUCUGGUUCAAAGAAAGAUGAACAAGAACAAGAACAAGAACAGAUCAGAGAAGGGGGGGCAUGUGGUUGUGGACAUGCCUCCUCCGGUGGUGGCUGAGCCGCCCCAUAAAGUCGCCGGAUUUGAAACGGAGAAGGCUGUAGUGGUGGUGGUACAGAAAUCGUGCAGCCGGUGUGAGCGGAAACUGUCAUAUUAUGGUGGCGGGCGGUCUUCACUGGCGAUAUAUAAGCCGGCAAUGCUGUCAAUGGUGGCAAUAGCUGCAGUGUGUGUGUGUGUGGCUUUGCUGUUCAAGAGUUCACCUCAGGUUAUGUAUGUCUUCCAGCCCUUCAUUUGGGAGAGACUCAAGUAUGGAGCAAGCUAAAGCUAAUACAACUCUAGGAUUUCAAUUUUUUUUCUUCUUCUUUUGGAUAUAAUUUUAUUAACGAAGAUAUGGUUAUGAUCCUUUAUAUAUAUAUAUAUAUAUAAUAUAUUCUGACUGGAAAAUUUAUGUGUAAUGUGUAUAUGUCUGGAUUGAUGUUAUUCCAUCCAAAUACAAGCUUUUCUUCCAUA